AUGGACAAAGAUCUUCCAAGUAUAAAGAAAUGGAUUGUGCUUUAUCCAUUUUAUAUCAGCUCUAAGAAAACUAUGGUUGAAGGGAGGAGAAUAGCUCGUGAGAAUCCUACUUGUGCUAAGAUUGGAUCUUGGGUUCCGCCAUUAGAGAGUUCAAGCUUCCCCACCGACCUCACCGCCACCGGCGGCGACUCCGCUCUCAAAGCCACUGAUUGGAUUCUCAACUGCAAUUCCUCCACCGCCACCUCUCAACCCAAACUCGAUCGCUUCUUCCUCUCCCAAUCCACAAAUUCACAAUCUCUAGACAAACAAGAACCAGAAGAACAACAGUCCACCCCAACUCCCCAAGCGCCACAAACUUCUCAUCCCGGAAACCCCGCCGCCUACUACCUCCGAUAA